AUGUCAUCCGUCAAGAUCGAGUGCGUUGCCAACGAGGGCUGCAGGAUCGGGGAGUCUCCCGUCUGGGACGAGAAGGAAAGCGCGCUCCUCUUCGUGGACAUCACGGGCAGAAAGGUGUGCCGCUGGAGCCCGGCCGCCAAGCAAGCGCAGGCCAUCUCUGUGGAUGCUCCUGUAAGCUCUGUGGCUCUCCGGAAAUCUGGGGAUUAUGUCAUCACUCUGGGAACCAGGUUUGCUGCUUUGAAAUGGAAAGAGCAGCUGGUAACCACCAUUACUCAAGUGGACAAGGAUAAACCAAACAACCGAUUCAAUGAUGGGAAAGUGGAUCCUGCAGGGAGGUAUUUCGCAGGUACGAUGGCUGAGGAGAUUCAACCUGCUGUGCUGGAAAGACACCAGGGCUCUCUGUAUACCCUCUUCCCUGACCUCUCAGUGGUGAAGCAUUUUGAUCAGGUGGACAUUUCUAAUGGGCUGGACUGGUCGCUGGAUCACAAAACCUUCUUUUACAUUGACAGCUUGUCCUACUCGGUGGAUGCCUUUGAUUAUGACAUCCAAACUGGAAAAAUUGGCAACCGUAGGAGUAUAUACAAACUGGAGAAAGAGGAAAGCAUUCCUGAUGGGAUGUGCAUUGAUACAGAAGGCAAGCUCUGGGUAGCUUGUUACAAUGGUGGGAGAGUGAUUCGUCUUGAUCCUGAGACAGGAAAAAGACUCCAGACUGUGAAACUUCCUGUUGACAAGACAACUUCCUGCUGUUUCGGAGGAAAGGAUUAUUCAGAAAUGUAUGUGACUUCUGCCAGUGACGGGAUGGAUAAAGAGUGGCUUUCACGGCAGCCACAGGCUGGUGGGAUUUUCAAGAUAACAGGGCUAGGUGUAAAAGGAGUCCCACCAUAUCCAUUUGCAGGUUGAAUAUACACUCUUCAGAAUGGAUUAGAGAGGACUGACGUAAGCAGGACAAGUUGCAAGGUCUUAUUCUGGUGUUCAGCAUUUUUUGCUUUGAAACCGUAACACAAUUAUAACAUCUCAUCAGGAAUAGAUGAAAAUCUACUGAAAUACGUGGAAUAUUUUAAAACUG